CGCUCCGGCUCCCGGGGACCCUCGAGUUACCACAACAGAACGGAAAGCUCAGAAAUAGACCCAAGGAAGCAUGUAUGCAAGAGAAGAUUUGCUAUUUGUGAUGGUGUGCUUCCUUCCAAAGUAUGGGGAAACCUGGCGCUAGAGGCGCCCUUUUGGAACUCCAAAGAUGGCUGCCCAGUGUGUCACGAAAGUAGAGCUGAAUAUUUCCUGUGACAACCUUCUGGAUACAGAUAUAGGGUCCAAGUCGGACCCUUUGUGUGCGCUGUUUUUGAAUACAAGUGGUCAACAGUGGUAUGAGGUUGAACGCACGGAAAAAGUUAAGAAUUGCUUGAAUCCUAAGUUUUCUAAGACAUUUAUUAUUGAUUACUACUUUGAAGUGGUUCAGAAACUGAAAUUUGGAAUUUAUGAUAUUGACAACAAAACGGUUGAGCUGAGCGAUGAUGAUUUCUUAGGAGAAUGCGAAUGUACUCUCGGACAAAUUGUAUCCAGUAAGAGACUCACCCGACCACUGGUGCUUAAGAAUGGCAAGCCUGCAGGAAAAGGGAGCAUUACGAUUUCAGCUGAAGAAAUAAAAGAUAACAGGGUGGUUUUAUUUGAAAUGGAAGCCAGAAAACUGGAUAAUAAGGAUCUAUUUGGAAAGUCAGACCCGUAUCUGGAAUUCCACAAACAGACAUCUGAUGGAAACUGGCUGAUGGUUCAUCGAACAGAGGUUAUUAAAAACAACUUAAAUCCUGUUUGGAGACCUUUUAAAAUCUCUCUUAAUUCCUUAUGCUAUGGAGAUAUGGACAAAAUCAUCAAGGUAGAGUGUUACGAUUAUGAUAAUGAUGGGUCACAUGAUCUCAUUGGAACAUUUCAAACCACCAUGACAAAACUAAAAGAAGCCUCUAGGAACUCACCUAUUGAAUUUGAAUGUAUAAAUGAAAAAAAGAGGCAAAAGAAAAAAAGCUACAAGAAUUCAGGUGUUAUCAGUGUGAAACAGUGUGAGAUUACAGUAGAGUGCACAUUCCUUGACUAUAUCAUGGGAGGAUGUCAGCUGAAUUUUACUGUGGGAGUGGACUUCACCGGCUCCAAUGGUGACCCAAGGUCUCCGGACUCCUUGCAUUAUAUCAGCCCCAAUGGUGUUAAUGAAUAUUUGACUGCUAUCUGGUCUGUUGGACUGGUCGUUCAGGAUUAUGAUGCUGAUAAGAUGUUUCCAGCUUUUGGAUUUGGUGCUCAGGUGCCUCCGCAGUGGCAGGUAUCGCAUGAGUUUCCAAUGAACUUCAAUCCAGCCAAUCCUUAUUGUAAUGGAAUCCAAGGCAUUAUAGAGGCAUAUCGGGCAUGUCUUCCCCAGAUCAAACUCUAUGGACCAACUAAUUUUUCUCCAAUCAUCAAUCACGUGGCCAGGUUUGCUGCUGCAGCCACCCAACAGCAGACGGCUUCUCAAUAUUUCGUGCUCUUGAUCAUCACUGAUGGUGUCAUCACAGACCUUGAUGAAACCAGACAAGCCAUAGUCAAUGCUGCCAAAUUGCCCAUGUCCAUCAUCAUUGUGGGUGUGGGAGGAGCUGACUUCAGUGCCAUGGAGUUUCUGGACGGUGAUGGUGGAAGUCUCCGCUCCCCAUCGGGGGAGGUCGCCAUCAGAGAUAUUGUCCAGUUCGUGCCUUUCAGACAGUUCCAGAACGCUCCAAAGGAAGCGCUUGCUCAGUGUGUCUUGGCAGAGAUUCCCCAGCAGGUGGUGGGCUACUUCAACACAUACAAGCUCCUUCCUCCCAAGAAGCAAGCUGCAGCAUAAAAGGAGCUGUGCCUACCUCAACAGAAUCCUUGCGCUAUGUGGAGCAAGGGCAUCUCUCACCCAACAUCGUAAUCUGCUGUGCUGCAUGCAUAUCACAUGUUACGCUCUCAGCAUUUGCAGUUCUCUGUAUCGUGUCUGUUACAUAAAUUUUGUGCUUUCUGGGGGGACGGUGCGAAAUCCACCUUUGCUGUGAAUUUAAUGGUUGCUAAUGAUUUAUGGUAAUUGCAGUGAGACUAUUUGAAUGAGAAAUUAGUGUGGGGAAAGCUGAUUUUGUUGCUGUUGACUUUCAUAGGAUGAAAAUGUUGGUUUAAGAUGUUUCCUAGUAGAAAGAAUGCAAUUCCUGGGAUGGUGUUAUUUGCCACAUGUUAUUUGCAGCGAAUGUUUUAUGUGCUGAUGUCCAUACCUGAUUGUGAGAGCUUAACAUUGAUGCCAUUUAACUUGUUCUUUAAUCUUGAGUCUAGUCCUUUUGUUUUGGGGGCAGAAAUUGCUCUUAUAUGGUACUUGUUUGGUUGCCACAAUUUAAUCACUGCACAGUUUAUAAAAUGAUAUGUACUCAGUUGAGAUCUCAUGAAAAAGAAAGGCGCAGGCAGACUUUAAAACACAUAGUCAACAAGUAAAAAGCACCUCAUUUGAGGAAGCCGCUUUCUAUUGCCUUUCUUGAUCUUUCAUUUUUAUUACGAUUCAUUUAAUUGGCUGAACGCAACUCUUGGUUUUCUGUAGAUGAGUGUAUCAUACAUAGGUUGUCAUGAAUUCCACAUUAUUAGAUUAUUUUAAUUGCAGUUUGUUAAAGUGGUUCAGACUGCUUUAUCCAAGAAAGCUGCAAGAAAUGAAUUUCCGAGUUCCAUUUCCUUCUAAUAAUGAAAGAUUUACUUAUAAAAUAAACAGUUUCUAUCCAUUCCUUGCUAAUGUGCCAUACAAAUUUAAAUAUGUUCUCCUUUAUAGAAGAGCAGGGUUUUUUUUUUUUUCUGAUUUUAAGCUCAUAAUACAGGUAAUCUACUAAUAAAAGUGAUAUUUUAUAUUUUGAUAAUGUAUUGCUUUCUACAUGCAGAUGUAUUCUAAUAAGCAUACCUGGUGUAACUACAAAAAAAAAAAAAAAAAGAAAAAAAGAAAGAAAGAAAAGAAAAAGCUAACAAAGAUCAAGACCAAAAACCCUUUUCCAGCUGUUACGGUAGGAUACAGUGGCUUCAUUAUGCUUUUUUUUUUUUAAUUUUUUCCUUCUUAUUGUCUAGGACAUAUUACUAAGUGAACAUUGUAGAUUUCAUAACAGAUUUUGUAACAUUUUAUUGGCCACCUGUGGGAGCCAACCCUGUGCAUAUGCAUAUUUUGCUCAAUUCUCAUUAACAAUUUAGCAGGACGAUUGAGUGUUUUAUCGCGUUUUCUGGAGUGAAUGCACACAAAAACCCGCAUUAUAACCCACGCCUCUUGGUCUCUGCUAUGACCAAAGGAAGUGAGCUGUGACCCAUGAGCAGCUUUCAUUCUCCAGAAGCAGCUGGUUGCCAAAGUUUGACUCAGGAGGGAUCUCCCUGCCACCCUGGCUGCUUGGCCCGGGGGAGCAGUUGCCACUUCCCCAGUGGACCAUUUAGCCUCUGAACGUAUGCUGUCCGACUAAAGACACCUAACUAGCAGUCUGCUCCUGCAGAGCGUGGCUUGCUAGUCAUUGUAAUAGUGUCAGUAGAGGGGUAGAACACUGAGCAGUCCUGCCAUUGUUUGGAGCUGAUGCAGUCCCAGACGUGCCCAUUUGAUGCCCUGAAUGCCUGGAAGCAGCUUGAGUAGGUUGCUGUGAUUUUCCCAGUUCUCUUUUUAUAUACCCCUAACAUUUAAGAAAAUGGCUUACGCAUGUUCUCAAGGUGUGAUGCAACAGAUUAGACGCGGAGUUCUUUCUUUGCUGCUGGGGCAGGUGUCGCUUUGCCUGACCCUGUUUAUGCAGCUCCUCUGUAGCACUCCUGACUCCUGCACAGGGCCUUGGGAACUGCUGCUCAUGAGCUGUUGUUUUCUCUUGGCCCCAUAUGCACCUUGGUGGGCUUGGUUUUGCCUUCAUAAUUGUAUGUUCUGAUUUUGCCCAAUUCUUCCCUUUUGAAAAGGCGUUUUGUAAAAAAAAAAAUUUAUUCAGCCUUGAUCAGGUUCAUAACUAGAUGUUAUUAUUCAUAAGAGCUGUGAUUCUAGGAAAUUAGGAUAAUUGUUGCCCUUUCCUCAGUUUUGAAUGAAAGCAUUUAUAAUUUCUAAAUCAUCAUUUAAAAAAAUUCUUAGAAUUUCAACACUUGACCUUAUCACAUCCUGAUCUGUUUUUAAAUUAAAAUAAUCUUUUGCCACCAUUCAUUCAACUGCCAUUUAUUUUUUUAAAAACACUUAAAGGAAGUUUAACCAAAUUGACUUUCACGUCUCAUGUAAUGAGAUGUAUUACAAAUAUAUAUUGGAGUGACUAUACCCUGGAAACAUGUAAUGUUCUCACAUAACCUGUACUGAAAAAGUGGCACACCAGCUAGUUCAGUUCUCAACUUAUGGUUAGAUCUGAAAUUGUAAGACCAUGAAAAAUGUUAAGUGUGAUUGGGGAUUGACACCUGUCUGUUUUGGCAGUACCUUGGGCAAGGCAGCUUUCUGAGGUGCUUUAAUCCCACUGCUGCUUAUGAUAUAUUAUGACUGCACUUUGCCUCUGAAUUUGCAAAUUUCCUGGACCGUCGUAUUAGGUAGGUCUCACCUAGUCUCAGUAAGUGCAUAGUUGACCAUUGUGGAAGGGACACACAAGCAAAACCAUAAAUUUGAUGAAAUCAUGAAACUCCUGUGUCUAAAUGAAUAUCAUACUUGACAAUACAUGCAUGUGUUACUAAUAUAUGAACUUAUAUUACAUAUAUCUCCCAUUUGAAUUCCCUCUGUAUAAAGUGAUUUCUUGAUAUGACACAGUUGUCUCUUGGUUGUAUUUUCAUUCUUUCUUUACAUAUUAUUGGAAAAAUGGAAAAAUUAAAAAUAAA